GGUAUUUGGCAACGUCAAUUCGAAAUUCAUUCGUGGUUUCGUGUUGAAAAUGGCGGACAAAGAUGAGACCGAAGAGCCUACAAUCGCUCAAGAUUUGGUUGUUACCAAAUAUAAAAUGGCUGCAGAAAUGGUUAAUAGGGUUCUUAAUCAGUUAAUUAAAAAGUGCGUACCUGGAGCAAGUGUGAUAUCAAUAUGUGAAAAUGGAGACGAACUACUUACGGAAGAAACUGGAAAAGUCUUUAAAAGGGAGAAAGAAUUAAAGAAAGGAAUUGCUUUUCCAACUUGUGUAUCUGUGAAUAAUUGCAUUUGCCAUUUUUCUCCACUUAAAAGUGAACCUGAUUAUAUAUUAUCUGAUGGUGAUAUGGUAAAAUUAGAUUUGGGUGCUCAUAUUGAUGGGUUCAUUGCUGUUGUGGCCCAUACAUUAGUUGUUGGUGCAUCUAAGGAGAACAAAGUAACAGGUCGAAAAGCAGAUGUAAUUCAUGCUGCAUAUUUUGCUGCAGAAGCUGCCCUAAGGCUUGUUAAACCUGGAGGUGAUAAUAAUUCAGUCACUGACACAAUACAAAAAGUUGCAGAGUCAUUUAAAUGCAAACCUGUUGAAGGUAUGCUUUCACAUCAGUUAAAACAAUUUAGAAUAGAUGGUGAAAAAUCAAUAAUUCAAAAUCCAACAGAAGCUCAAAGAAAAGAGCAUGAAAAAUGUGAAUUUGAAUUGCAUGAAGUUUAUGCAAUUGACGUUCUUGUUAGCACUGGAGAAGGAAAGGGGAGAGAAAUGGAUACAAGGACAACAGUUUUCAAAAAAACUGAUGAAGUGUAUCAACUUAAGAUGAAAGCAUCUAGAGCAUUCUUUAGUGAAGUUGAUAAAAGGUUUGGAAGCAUGCCAUUUACUUUGAGGUCAGUUGAAGAUGAGAAAAAAGCCCGAAUGGGUGUUGUUGAAUGUGUUAAUCAUAAAUUGGUAGAACCCUUCACUGUAUUAUAUGAAAAAGAAGCUGAAUAUGUCGCACAAUUUAAAUUUACUGUUUUAUUAAUGCCCUCUGGAUCCCACAAAAUAACUUCUGGUCCAAUAGAUUUAGAUUUAUAUGAAACAACAAUGGAAGUUGGCGAUGAUUCACUGAAAAGUCUUCUAAAUCGUUCAGUUGCACCAAAAUCUCAAAAAAAGAAGAAGAAACGAGCUGAAAAAGCUAUUGCUAAUUCGUUAGGAAAGGAAAACAAAGAAGAUGAAAAACCUGAUGCAGAACCAGUAAAAGUAGAGUAAAAAUGGUUUAAUGAAGAGGGGAGUUUUAAGCUUGAGCUUGACAAAGUUCCUGGAUUGAAAAAUGGCACCAACUUUUGUAAAAAAUUGAUCAGCAAAAGAAUUUUGUUGUACAGAACUUUUUACUUAGAACACUGCCAUACUGUUGUGCUGCAAUGAACUCAUUACAAGCACGGGUCUUAAAACUGUAUUUUUGGUAAUGUUUUUAAAAUUUUAUUGUUAAAAGUACAAAGUAAUUUACACCUAAACCUUGUUCUUUUUUUUAAAAUUAAAUCUCAAAUGUAAAUCUAAAAAACUUCUAUUAGAGUAAAAUUUUGUAAGAGGUUGGUGCCAAAUUCUGCUGGGAGCAGUGUGUGAAUGUAAUUAAAAUCCCUUUUUCCUACAAAGCAUUUGUUUCUUAUUUGUAGUGUACUUGUUACAUUGAAUGUAUUUGUACAGUCUAUGAAAACUGUAGCAGAAUUGUUUUUAGAUGUAACAAAUGAAUUCAUACACAGGAUUGAUAAUGCAUUUUUAAAAAUUGGGGAUACAUGUUAAAACACAAUGAAUCUUUGUUGUUGUUUUCAAUUAUUUCAGAUGAACAAUAUUUUAACAGGUUUGAAAAAUUGGAGUUAUUUUAAAAUGAAAAGGAAUAUAAACAAAAUUUAAAGGAUAUGAAUUAUGUUAAUUCCAAACAUCAUCAAUAUCACAAGUAUUAUUAACAUGUUGAA